AUGAGCAAGGCCGAGCCGAGGCCGAAAAGCGUCAAAAAGACGCUGAAUGCCGGGAGGGGACAAGUGCCGGAAUAUAAAGAUGGAACGAAGGCCGUAUUUCACUACGAAGUGCUGAGACCGCUUGAUUUGACGAAUGGCAUGCCGGAGAGUAGAGAUGACUAUGAAAGUAUCGAAGACACGAGAAAAGGAUACCCGCAUGGCUAUGGCCUCCCGAUGGAGCUGAUUUUUGGGAAGAAAUUCCAGUUGGCCAUUUUUGAGACGCUGCUGAGGAGCAUGAACGUUGAUGAGAUCAGCCAAUUCGACGUCGAGGCCAGCGAGUUGUUCCAGUAUCCGCUAACGUCGAAAAAGCUACGCGAUUUGGCGCAUUCCAGAGAGCAUGGCCACGGCCAUUCGCAUAGCACGCAUAUGUGCGCCGCGACGAUGGCGGAGGGAACCGGAUACCCAUGUCUCGAUGAGCUCUUGAAAAAACCGAGCCCCCUGCGCUUCAUCUUCCACCUCCUCCAGAUCCACCAGCCCGAGGACUACGAGGCCGAGGGCUGGCAGUUGAACCCGGAAGCCAAAUUGAAAAGCGUCGAGACCCUAAAGCAGCAGGGCAACGAGUUGUACCUAAAAAAGGAAUACCGACCCGCCAUUGAAAAGUAUAAAGAAGCGCUGACGCGAUUGGACCAUUUGAUCUUGCGUGAAAAGCCGGGCGAUCCCGAAUGGGAGGAGCUGGACGUGAAGAAUGUGCCGUUGUAUCUAAAUCUUUCGAUUUGCUACCUGCACUGCGGCGAUUUCUAUGAAUCGAUAGGUGCUGCCGAUGAGGUACUUUCACGUGAUGCGACAAAUGACAAGGCGUUAUAUCGAAAAGCAAAAGCUUUGAUAGGCACCUGGGAGCUUGGAAAGGCCCGAGAAUCCCUGGAGAAACUUGUUGCCGCGCACCCGGAGUGGGCAAAACUCGCCGACGUCGAGCUGCAGGAAAUCAAGCGCCGCCAGGACCAAGUGGCCGCCGAUAAAAAGAAUAUUUGCAAAAACAUGAUCAAGGGAAUGGGUGGCGAA